AUGCCAACACACUAUCCAACAGAAAAUCAUCCAUCUGAUGAGAAACACAAGAAGAAGAAGUCCCUCGUCGGCAUUGCUGUUGUCACACAACUUGUUCUUGCUCUUCUUUCUCUUGCUGGUGGUGUCUUUGCAAUUGUAAUUUACACAUUACCUGAUUAUAAUAGAGAUCUCGAAUUGCAAUGUCCACUCCAAAGUCUUCAAACUUUCACACUUGUCUUUGGUAUCUGUGAAUUGUGUUGCUUUGUAUUGUCUACCAUCUCUCCAUUGUGCCUCUUAUUGGAAAUUAAAUUACGUGAAGGAUACCAUCCAGGAUUGGUUUCUCAAUGCUUGGUUGUUUUGAGAAUUUUGAUCGGUUUUGUAUCUGCUUCAUUCCUCAUCAAGAAUGUUUACUCAUUCUACUCUGCAUUGUGUCCUGUUGAACUCAAACCAUUCACUCCAUACAAUUCAAUGUUGAUUUUCAAUUUGUCAACUUUGGGAGUUUUCAUCAUUACAGGAAUUGUCUUGUUCUUUGUUUUCCUCUUCAUUGGUUUCUCCGGAUCUUCCACUGAUAAUAAGGCACCAACUACUGCACCAAAACAUCAAACUCUCGAAGAAGAAGAUGAUGAAGAUGUUGCCACCUCCCACAGUACUACUGAAAAUACUCUCCAACCAAGAAAUUCCGAAGAACCAACUGACAAGAAUUUCCACAUUGUUCGUAAUUAAAUCUAUAUUCAUGAUUGUAUUAU